CGCGUUUUCUCGACUCCCGAGCCUUCCCAGCCAUUUUAAUUGAAACAUAUCGUGUUUGAUGGGCCGAGGGUCAUCACCUGAAUACCCCCUUGCCGAUCAGUAUAUAGACCCUAUAUCGGCCCCCUUGUCAAUAUGUCUUCGUUCUUACCUGUGAAUAAUAUCUCGUCGCCUCAAGACCGUGUGAUGGAGGAUGCGACGCCACCGACCACACCGCGACCCCAUUUAGCUAACGUACCUGAAGCGCAAGACCCCGCGAAACCGGUGGAGGUGGAAAAAGAUGGCAGUACGCCGCGCAAUGUAAAUAAUCCUGAGCAUUCUCAGCCGGCGGGCUCUCAAGGGAGCGUACCAUCAGUGUCCGAAGAGACAACGCAUGGAGAUUCGGAGGGUGACCAUGAUGGUUCAGACCAUGACUCGGAUCACAAGGGCAACGCUCCCCCAUCGAAGAAGAAAAAGGGACAACGGUUCUAUUGCACGGAUUACCCGCCCUGUAAUUUGAGCUUUACUCGGAGUGAGCAUCUCGCCAGGCAUAUACGGAAACAUACUGGGGAGCGCCCCUUCCAGUGUCAUUGCUCAAGACGAUUUUCUCGGCUCGAUAACCUGCGCCAGCAUGCUCAGACCGUCCACGUGAAUGAGGAGAUUCCGGGCGACUCCCUGGCAGCUACUGGGACCCGGUUUCAACGUCAGAUUCGAACCGACAGAGUGCGUCCCCAGGGUCGAGCCAGGGCGGGGACUGGAGGUAGCCAGGGAACCCAUAGCAGAGGUCACAGUCGAAACUUGUCCGCAUCGAGUAUCACCUCGACCGCAUCCACAUUUAGCCAACCCCAGGAGCUUCGUCGCCGCCCCCCGCCUCUGAUCAUGGCAAAUGAUGGACGAGCCCGUCUCGCUCUAGAUACAAGGGCCGAUCCCCCGAGUACCCCGCCCGGUCAAGUCCGUGGGGUACCGGGCCCAGCUGUGGCCGGCUCUCCUUACGCGGCUUCUCAUAUCUUCUCCACUGGAAACAAUGGUAGUCCUCACGUCGCCUCGCCGAUGUCCGCUGCAUCACAUGCGUCCGGCUUUUGGGAUGGUAAAACCGCUGCACGUCGCUUGUCCGUGCCCACAGGAGCUAAUCCGUUCGCAUCACAACCUGUCAACCCGUACCCUCCAGGUUACGCCAACGCGGGCUCGACAACUACAUACCACCCACCGGGAGAUGUGUACGCAAGUCCAGUGAGCUCCAACUACUCUUUAUCGCGGGAUGAGGCCGCCCACAAUGCGGCGGAUGCGGACUUGCGAAGACGCACGUGGCAUCCGUCUACGUACUCCGCCGUCUCUCGGCCCGUCGCCGGCGGUUACAGCAACUACCAGUCUCCUGAGACAUUCCCGCAGUCGUAUGGCGCUAAUGCGCAGGAUGAACAACGACCGCGGUUGCCAGGAAUUGAGAGUUUUGACAAAGUCGUCUCGCAGCGACCGUUAACCCCGCCGGUCCGCAGGCCAAGCCCGAUGCACCUUGAUGCUGCCAACAAACCGCCACUGAAUUAUACCUUUGGGGGAGGGUUCAACUAUAACAAGCCAUCAGUUCGGCCACCCCCACCGAUUUCCGGCCCCGGGCAUCGACGGGGUCAUGUCUCCUGGGACAUGUCACUGCACACGAACUUGACUGGAUUGCAUAUCAGGGACAAGCCCCUCCAUAAAGAUGCAUCGCAUUGGAGCCAGCAAACUAUAGCAGAAAUUCAUAAUGUUAGUUCUCGCCCGUCGACGUCCUACCAGCCACAGCAACAGUUUCAGGAUUACCGAGGGCAUCACUCGCGCGGUCCAAGUUACAGCAGCGCCAUUCAUGCUGCCCGAACAUCCCCGGAGGAUUCGAGUAGCAGCGAAGGGGUCCACACCCCAUCGACGGCGUCUCUUGAGUAUCACCCUGCCAUUGUACACAAUAACGGCUACAUUGAACCGCAUCACACCCCCUUCUCAACCGAUACGUCUCAAACAGCAUCUCAGUCCGAUGGGUAUCACAGUAAACCCGAUCCCCGAACCGACUUCUUCAACAACACCAGCAGAGACUCUGGGAUGGGUAGACUCGAGGCACUUGUUGCUGUUGCGACCAGUGAGAAUAAGGGGUCAGCAAAGCUUUUUGCAUAGAUGCACACUGCCAGGGGAUGUCGGCAUGGUGACGAAAAUCGAUCAAUACUCAAGAAGGUCGCUGUGCUCGGUCUGGUCUUGCGAAUCCGGCAGGAAUGCGAUCUCUUCUCAUAUGCUCGGCUUUUACUUCUUUUUUUUUUUUUUUC